UCUGGUGUCUCUUCUCUGCCCCGGUGCAGGAGCCUGACGUAGGGAAGAGGCAGCGGCACCUUCGGAGGUCUCAGGUCUCAUGGCUCUGAAUCUCCUUCUUCCCCUUGAGGGAAGCCCGGAGGAGCAUGGCGGGUCCCCCGGGGUCCCCUUGACCCCAGACCAGGAAGUGAUGUCGUUCAGGGACGUGGCCGUGGACUUUACCGAGGAGGAAUGGGGGUGCCUGAGCCCUGCUCAGUGGCAGCUGUACAAGGAGGUGAUGCUGGAGAACUACAGGAACCUGGUGUCCCUGGGGCUAAAAGAGGACAAACCAGACCUGGUCUCCUGGCUGGAACAAGGGGAAGAGCCAUCAGCCUCAGAUCUGCAGGGAGAGGGCCCCAGGAGCCCCUGUCCCUGGGAAGGAGACACUUCUGCCAGGUGUCGAGGAGCCAGUGGAUGCCACAGCCCUGCUGGGCCCUCAGCCUGGGAUUCUGGACUCGAGAACCAGCAGGAGUCACUUGGAAGACAAGAAGGAGGAGGAUUGCUAGUGACAUUUGUGGACAGCCCUAGAAGGCGUGUUGUUCCCCAGGUGCCCACAUUUUGGGAGAGUCCUUACCAAGAGGUCAUGUUAUGGAAACAAAUGGGAAGCCUUGCAGGGGAGACUCCAGGGAAAGUCCUUUCCCAGGAAAAAGAUCUCAGCCAGUCUAGUGUCCUGGCGCCCACUGCUCAGGGAGGCCAUGCAUGUACUGACUUGGGAAGGGGCCUUGGUCAGAGCAUGUCCAAGCACCCAGGACUGAGGCCUCCUGAUGAACAUGGGAAUCUCCCCCAUAAUCAGCAGAACAGAUAUGAACCCUAUGAUUUGGAAGAAGGUAGACAGAAUUCUGGCAAGCGCUCACCUCUUAUUCAAAAUCAGAGAUCUCAUGGUGAAGAGAAACCUUAUAAAUGCACAGAAUAUGGCAAGGCUUUCAGCAACCAUUUAGACAUUAUAAAUUGUGAGAGAACUCAAGAGAGAGAGAAACCUUUUAAGUGUAGUCAUUGUGGAAAGGCCUUUAGGUGGAGCUCAGGUCUUACUAAACAUGAGAAAGCCUGUGAUUAUACAGAGUUUGGGGAGGCCUUCAACCAGAACUCAGAUGUUACUAGAAAUGACCAAUUUCAGAGUGGAAAGAAGCCAUACAAGUGUAAGGAAUGUGGGACUGCCUUCAGUUGGCGCUCAUACCUCAUGGAACAUCAGAGAACUCAUACUGGUGAGAAACCUUAUGAAUGCAAGGAUUGUGGGAAGGCUUUCAGCCAGAGCUCCAGUCUUACUAAACACCAGAGAAUUCACACUGGAGAGAAGCCAUAUAAAUGCAAGGAAUGUGGAAAUGCCUUCAGGCAGAAUUCACAUCUUAUUCGACACCAGAGAAUUCACACUGGAGAGAAACCUUAUGAUUGCAAGGAAUGUGGGAAGGCAUUCAGCCAGAGAUCAGACAUUAUUAAACAUGAAAGAAUUCAUAGUGGAAAUAAACCAUAUGAGUGUAAGGAAUGUGGGGCAGCCUUCAGUUGGCGCUCAUACCUCAUUGAGCAUCAAAGAACUCACACUAUUGAGAAACCUUAUGAAUGUAAGGAUUGUGGGAAGGCCUUUAGCCAGAAUUCAUCCCUUAUUCAACAUCAGAGAAUUCAUACUGGAGAAAAACCUUAUGAAUGUAAUGAAUGUGGGAAGGCCUUCAAACAGAGAUCAUCCCUUAUUCAGCAUUAUAGAAUUCAUACUGGAGAGAAACCUUUUGAAUGUAAAGAAUGUGGGGCAGUCUUCAGUGGGCACUCAGGUCUUAUUCACCAUCAGAGAAUUCACACUGGUGAGAAACCUUAUGAAUGUAAGGAAUGUGGAAAAGCCUUUAGGCAGAGCUCAGCCCUUAUUCAUCAUCAGAUAACUCAUACUGGAGAGAAACCUUACAAAUGUAAAGACUGUGGGAAGGCAUUCCGCAGGAACACGGUUCUUACUGAACAUCAGAGAAUUCACACUGGAGAGAUACCUUAUGAAUGUAAGGAAUGUGGCAAAGCCUUCAUCCAGAGAUCGGCUCUUAAUCAACAUCAGAGGAUUCAUACUGGAAACAAGUCUUACCUAUGUAAGCAAUGAGAAGGCCUUUGUCCAGAGAGAGAGAAACCUUAUGAAUGUAAGGAAUGUGGGAAAGCCUUUAGGCAGAGCUCAGCCCUUAUUAACCUGAAGAAAUAACUCGAGAGAGAAAAGUUGAGUGUUUAAUAAUUAGACAAAGCCUGAUUCGGUUAGAUCUGAGCCAUUACUAAACAUGAAUUAAUCAACGUGCAUAGAGCCAUGAAUGUGAAAAUUGCUUGUCAUUUGGAGAUCAGAUCUUACUUGGAAUCACAGAAUUUACCUUGGAGAGAAACUCUGAAUGUCAAGGAUGUGGCAAACCCUUCAGUCUUAAGAAGACUCUUAAUCUGUACCAGAGAAUUCCACCUGGUAGGAAAGCCUAGAAAUGUGUGGAGUAUGGGAAAGCUUUCAUUCUCGAUAUCACCAACUAUCCGAGACAGAAUCCCUGUGAAGGCAGCGACUGUGGAAAAGCUGCCACUCAGAGGUCCAGCCUGCUUCACCAUCAGUGAAUUCAUGCUGGAGGGACUUCCCGCGAAUCGAAGGUAUACAGGAGUGAAGUAAAGGGUUCUGCCAAAGCCCGACUCCCCUUCACCUCAGAACUUCAAGAAAUGCACCCACUGAAGUGAUAGGAUCACAAAGAGAAAAAGGAACAAAUUCUCACAAAGAAAACUUGCAGAGAAAUCAGCGUAGAGACCGUUGUAAUGAGUCAAUCAAAACAGAGCCCCAGUAUAACGCAAGAGUAUUGCCUCUUGGAAAUCCCACUUUGUCUGAAGAUCACUGAGCGAGCAAAGAGAGAACUGAUAGUGCAAGUCCCAUGAGUAGGAAGCAGACAGAAUUAUCUUCAAGAAAGGAAGUAACUAUUUGUUGAAAUCAGGGUACUGCAGAUUAAGGACACUGGAACUAAGAAGUCUGGGGUUGAGGGAGCGGGGGAACCAGGGCUCAGGAACCACGCUGUUAUCUGGGCUGGGCAAGGGAAGCAUAAAAGGUUAAGAUCCCAGUAAAAGUGACCUGGUGGGCCAAGACAAGCUGGGGAUGAGGAUGUAUGUAUCUAAGAGCUAGCAUGAGUGGGUCCUUUCAAUGGGAAAAAAUUACAGAUGCCUAAAGCUUCACCGAAAAAGACAGGAGCCUGUGAUCUGGGUGUGGGCUGGGCGGAGAGGUCGGACAGGA